AUGUCAGAAGGUCAAUUGGUUCAGAGACGCAAGAAGGCUGAAGAGCCAGUUAACGAAAAACAAGAUGAAGCCAGCGGAGAUUCGGCACAGUCUUCAGAUCAAGAAGAUAACGACAAAGGAACAAGAUUGACCUUAAUGGAGCAAAUUCUUCUUCUCGGAUUGAAAGAUCGUGAAGGAUAUACUUCAUUCUGGAACGAUUGCAUUUCUUCUGGACUUCGUGGAUGUGUUUUGGUUGAAUUGGUUUUGCGUGGACGCAUUCAACUCGAAGGUGGCGGCAUGAGACGCAAAAAUUUGCUCAAUAGAAAGGUGACUGUGAAGAGCAGCGAGCCGACUGGUGACGUCAUCCUUGAUGAAGCCCUUCGUCAUAUGAAAGAAACGAAUCCACCUGAGACGGUGACUAGCUGGAUUGAGUAUUUGUCUGGAGAGACAUGGAAUCCUUUGAAACUUCGUUAUCAAUUGCGAAACGUGCGUGAACGUCUUGCCAAGAAUCUUGUAGAGAAAGGUGUUCUUACCACCGAUAAGCAAAAUUUCCUGCUUUUCGAAAUUACGACCCACCCACUUUCUGAUGGAAACCAAAAAACAAAACUGAUCAAAGAAGUCCAAGAAUCAGUGCUCGGAAAAUGGACAAAUGAUGUGCAUCGUAUGGAUAAGAAAAUGCUAUCGUUGAUUGUUCUUGCCCAUGCCAGUGAUGUUCUCGAAAAUGCUUUCGCCCCACUUUCUGAUCAAGAUUACGAGGUUGCUAUGAAACGAGUGCGUAGUCUGCUCGACCUUGAUUAUGAUCAACAAGCGGAAAAGAAAGGAAACGAUGUGAUGUGGGCUGUUUUCGAAGCUUUUAGCAAAUAA